AUGCCCCGCUGGCUCAUCCAACACAGCCCCAACACCCUCACUCCAGAGGAGAAAGCCACCCUCGCCUCCGAAAUCACCAAGAUCUAUACCCGCGUUGGUCUACCCGCGUUCUACGUGCAGGUCCAUUAUGUGGAGAUGCCUCCUUCAACCGCCUUCAUCGGUGGCGAGCCCCACCCCAACUUCGUCGCCCUGACCAUCUUUCACCUCGCGCGGACCAUGACCUCCGAGGAACAGGUGCAGAGAUUCCUGAGCCGCGUCGACGCGGUGCUGACGCCCGCUUUCGAGCCCAAGGGCAUCGACUGGGAGUACUUCAUCACGGAAACGCCGCGGCAUCUGUGGAAGAUCAAUGGGUUGGUGCCGCCGCCAGCGGGUUCGGAGGAGGAGAAGGUGUGGGCGGAGGAGAAUAGAGCCGUCAAGCUCUGA